CUUAGCGGUCGUUGACCUAACGUCUGACAGAAGACCUGCAUAAAUCUGUGGUAGUUCUGCUGACUUUACGCUCAGCGAGAUGCAAGAAAUGUGUUUAGGCUGCAGGGCAUGGAAGGAAAAGGUAGUUUGAGGGUAACGAACAGAUGACACACUAGAUAUGCUAAGUUACAGACAUGCGUUUUGGUGAUUGUGUGGAAAGCAAAACAUAAGAUAUUCUUGGGGUCAGUUCAUGAUUACACGCCGGGCAAAGUGCACUGCGGCGAAAGCUAGUCGGGACGGACGCAGUAUUUCCCUCUGUAACCAUUUACACAACUUGGUCCAUAUACCCGAAGCUGGGGUCUGAAGCAGCAUGGGGUUAUUUCGCUCUAUACUCGGCGAUCUCAUGCAAUCGCCUUUUAUUUUGCUAUAUUUAUUAGGACUUUGGACAGCACCUGUAAUAUCGCAUCCUCAGUGCCUGGAUUUUAAACCCCCUUUUCAGCCACAACAGGAACUCCAGUUCUGCGUAAUGUACAAGUACUUUGGCUGCUGCGACUUUGCUAGGGACCAAGAACUGAUGACCAAAUUUUACCAGAUUGUGGAUAACUUUGACUACUACGGCUAUGCAAAUUGUGCAGGGUACAUUCAAGACCUUAUCUGUCAGGAAUGCUCUCCCUAUGCAGCUCACCUUUUUGAUGCUGAGGACCCCAGCACGCCCUUGAGAUCCAUUCCUGGUCUCUGCCCUGACUACUGUUCCCAGUUCUACUCUAAGUGUAGGUCCACAAUCUCCCUGCUGUCUGAGGACCCACGCCUGUCCGAGCUGGAACACGACCAGCACGGGUUUUGCCGGUACCUGGAGCUGGAUGACCCAGACUACUGCUACCCUCAUAUCUUGACCAAUGAGCAGCUCGGCAAAAACCUGGGCCGUAUGACCUCCGACCUUGACGGCUGCCUCCAGCUCUGCUUAGAGGAAGUCGCCAAUGGGCUCCGAAACCCUCUGGCUAUGAUACAUGCCAACGACGGCACGCACAGGUUUUUCGUUGCAGAGCAAAUCGGCUUGGUUUGGGUGUACCUUCCGAACAAGUCGAAGCUGGAGAGACCAUUUCUCAACAUCACAAAGGCUGUGCUGACAUCCCCGUGGGAGGGAGAUGAGCGAGGAUUCUUGGGCCUGACGUUCCACCCCAGAUUCAAGUACAACGGCAAGCUGUACGUGUACUACUCCAUUGAGGUGGGCUUCGACGAGCGAAUCCGUAUCAGCGAGUUCCGGAUCUCUGCCGCAGAUAAGAACGUGGUUGAUCAUGGUUCAGAAAGAAUUAUAUUAGAGAUUGAUGAGCCUGCCUCUAAUCACAACGGAGGCCAGAUUCUCUUUGCUGAUGAUGGAUACUUGUACAUCUUCACUGGCGAUGGUGGCAUGGCAGGAGACCCUUUUGGAAAGUAUGGAAAUGCACAGAACAAGUCUGCUCUUCUGGGCAAGGUCCUUCGUAUCGACGUGAACGACAACGAAAGGGGCCCCCUGUAUCGAAUCCCCCCCGACAACCCGUUUGUCCACAAUCACGAUGCCCGUCCCGAGGUGUACGCCUAUGGCGUACGGAACAUGUGGCGGUGCUCCGUGGACAGAGGGGACCCGUAUACCAAGCAGGGCAAAGGGCGCCUGUUCUGUGGGGAUGUGGGCCAGAAUAAGUAUGAAGAGAUCGACAUCGUUGAGAAAGGCAAGAACUACGGAUGGAGAGCAAAAGAAGGUUUCUCUUGUUACGACAAGAAGCUGUGCAUCAACGGCUCUUUAGAUGAUGUUCUUCCAAUUUAUGCAUAUCCUCAUAAAAUGGGGAAGUCUGUAACAGGAGGUUAUGUAUACCGUGGCUGUGAAUACCCUAACCUAAACGGAAUGUACAUAUUCGGAGACUUUAUGAGUGGGCGCUUGAUGAGUCUGAAGGAGAACAGGAACACAGGGCAGUGGGACUACAAUGAGAUCUGCAUGGGCAUAGGCCAGACGUGUGCUUUUCCAAACCUCAUCAACAACUACUACCAAUACAUCAUUUCUUUUGCUGAGGACGAGGCAGGUGAACUGUAUUUCAUGUCCACUAAACUUGCAAGUGCGACAACACCCUCUGGAGUUGUGUAUAAAAUAGUCGAUCCCUCCCGACGAGCUCCACCUAGAAAAUGUCAUUACAACCCCAUUCCAGUUCAAGUCAAGAGCAGACUGAUAAAAUUCAAACCAAAGGAAACAUUAAUUGGAGUUGACAUGCCAAGAAAACGACCGAUGGCCUCAGGAGGUGAUGAGCCCACGGGCUCUCCCCACACCACUACGAAAGACUGGUUUCAGGAACUGUUGGACAUUCUAAGAGAGCGGGAUACGGCAAGGGGCAGGACCACCCCGUCUCCAGCCACCACUACCCGGGUUCCUAGGCAGUCCCGUCAGCGUAAAGGCAGGCGUAGAAAAGGGAACGGUAAGUCGGAGAGGGUCAUCUAUCGGGGGGCAGUGAGACUGGUAGGUGACGAAGCAGGCCGGAAGGACCGCGGAAGAGUGGAAAUAUACGUCAACGGUCAAUGGGGAACCGUUUGCGAUGAUCUCUGGAACACCAGGAGCGUUGCUGUGGUGUGCCGACAGCUGGGGUUCAGCCAUGCGCUGAAAGCCUCGAAAAAUGCCGAGUUUGGGGAAGGGAGGCACCUGAAGAUGCUUCUUGAUGAUGUGCAGUGUGAGGGCACAGAAGAAACCCUCCUGGACUGCCAGCAUGCAGGUGUAGGGACACACAAUUGUGCUCACUUCGAAGCUGCAGGUGCGAUAUGUGGUAAUUAGUUUUACACUGAGCGUUGGCACGGGAAUGCAAUCAGAAUGGCCUUUGUGCGUGAUCGGAGGAAGAGACAUGAGUCAUGAAAAGCAGCACAUAGGUCUACCUCAUUUAUUAGCGGUUAAAACUACAUUUUAGGAACAUUUAAUGGAGGUUGAUUGCGGCGGAUCAUGGGGUACUUCGCGGUUCUUUGGGUAGCCCUAUCAAAGUCCAUCAAAUAAAUAAUUCUGUGAAUUACCACCAAAUAUAAUCAUCCAUUAUUUGA